AUGGAUGCGGAUGCGAAUGCCGGCUGGCUCGGGACGCUGAGAGGCCACGUCGAGCACACCUUCCCCAACUUGAAGCAGAACAGCCGAGAUGCCCACGAGCGCGCCCACGGCGGACAAGGCCCCAGGCCACUGACAGCAGAUGAGAUCCAGGCACACCCAGAAUACCCUCACGUGCAUUGGGACUUGAAGCCCGAGAAGCGCGAGAAAAUCGAUGUGGCGCGAGGACGAGGCGGGCCUUUCAAGCUCGCGUAUGAGAUUCACGGACGAGGGCCGAGGAAGAUCAUAGUAAGUGUGAAGCGCGCGCAUCGCGAUCUUAGCCUCGCAGAUGCUGACUAUUCUUACGCAGUGGAUCAUGGGCCUUGGGGGCUUUCUCAAGACUUGGCAGCGACAGACCAAGGAGUUCGGGCAUAUAGACGGCGACAAAUACACCUGUCUCGUCUUCGACAAUCGAGGCAUGGGCGCUUCGGAUAAACCGCUGCUCCGGUAUACGACUUCGGAGAUGGCGAAGGACAUGGUCGAAUUGCUGGACCAUGUCGGCUGGCAAGACCCCCGAAGCAUACACGUGGUCGGCAUCAGUAUGGGCGGCAUGAUAGCCCAAGAACUCGUGAUCUCUGCCCUUCAUGUUUCUUUCCAAGUCCCCCUCGCUGACACCGUCUCCCAGGGCAUGCUGGUACCCGACCGGAUCUGUAGUCUCAACCUCAUCUCUACAGCACCCAGGAUCGUCCGCACACUUCCUUUCGUCGAAAACAUCCGCAACCGAAUUAACCUGAUGGUCCCGAAAUCUCUCGACAGCCAGAUCGCCAAAGUAAAGGCAGACUGCUACUCGGCCGAGUGGCUCGCAAAGCCGGACGAAACGGAACACACGGUUCAGAAGUUUCCCACCAACGGCGACCGCUUCGCGGCCCAGGAAAUCAGCAAGCGUCUCUCUCCGGGAGUCUUCACCCCGAAAGGUUUCAUCUGCCAGCUAUACGCGGCCGGCUUCCAUCACAAAUCGCCCGGGCAGCUGAAGCAGCUCGGCGAUGCCGUGGGUCGCAAUCGCAUCUUGGUCUUCCACGGUACGGGAGACCACAUGAUAGAAUUCGUCCACGGGAAGAUGCUACUCGAGGAACUUGGAGGCGAGGAAAGCGGCGUCACCAAGUCAUUUCAUGAGGGCAUGGGCCACGUCGGACCAUUCGAAAUCCGGCAAGAAUUCCGCAAGCUUAUUGCAGACCGGAUCGAGCGGACAGAAGCUUUGAACAGGGCAUGA